CUCACUCAGAAAACCCUAAUAAAAUAAGCAAAUCAAAAUCCUUUCACUUCCGUCUUCAUCCCCAUUGCGUCCGACGAAGGAAGGCUAGUAACUUCAGGCCCUAACCCAGAAACCCUCAUCCAAAAAUCCGAAAUUUCAUUUGAAAAUCAAUUUGUAGGAAAUAAUAAUGGCGGACUGGGGGCCCAUAUUGAUUGGGGUGGUGCUGUUCAUUCUGCUGCAACCGGGACUUCUCUUCUCGUUACCGGGAAACAGCAGGCAGGUGGAGUUUGGGAGCAUGAAGACGAAUGGCAAGGCCAUAGCUGUGCACACUCUCAUCUUUUUCGCUCUCUAUGCCAUUCUCAUAUUGGCCGUUCACGUCCACAUCUAUACUGGCUGAUCCGGUACUCUCGCCGCUUUGGAUCUGUGUAUUCUCUUUUCUUAGUAACUUGUAACUUAAUGGCUGUACUUGGUUUUGAACUUAAUUAUUAAUACAAAGCACAAAUCUUUAAUUGAUUUGAAGAAGAUGAAGCUGCUUAUUAUAGUCCCUGAUGUUUUCCAUUUUGUUAAUAGUCUUGGAUUUGAGAAACCGGCAUAAA